AUGGACGAGCAAAAGGGUCUACUACUGAUAGAUAUGUCAUCGGUCGGUGGAGAAUUAACGGAGACACUUCGAUGCGAAAAACGUGGAGCGGGGGUUCCCCAGGUGCUAUCGAAGCGGAUAUCCAAGCACAAGGGUUUCGCCCUGAGCAUCACCCACAUGUGGUAUGACGCUCAACCUCGUGGUUGCUUGCAGGAUGAAACGAUCGAUGGGCGGCUGCUAGGGGUGGAUAAAAAGGUGGUCACUGGAUGCGGGCUCUAUGCCUGCCACAGGACACUCAAUACGUUUCUGAGCCUGGGCUAUCUGUGCCUCUUCCUUUUCUAG